AUGGACGAAGAUGAGUUUAACGUUCGGGCAAAAGAAGCUUUAGACAUGGUGUUCGAUUAUACCAAAAACGCUCGAGAUUAUAAUCCCCUACAUGAUGUAAAACAAGGGUAUUUGAGCGAUCACAUUCCACUAGAUCCACCAACUGUUCCUGAAAAAUGGGAAGACAUCGUUACAGACUUUGACCGGUAUAUCUUUCCGGGGAGCCUUUGCCCUGCUGGUGUGGAGUUGGAGGUCAUUGUUAUGGAUUGGCUGGCCAAAAUGAUAGGUCUUCCAGAUCAUUUUCUCUACUACAACAAUAGUGACUUCAAAUAUGGUGGAGGAUGCUUACAGAAUACAACAUGUGAGUCAACUUUAGUUGCUCUACUUUCUGCCAGAAAAAAGGCUUUGCUAAUACGCAGGAAUUCUGAAUGUGCUGAAGUCGACGAUUGGAUGAUAAUGUCCAAAUUUGUGGCAUACAGUUCAGAAGAGGUGAUGGCAACGCUGGGUACGUCUUUUCUAUGUGUCUUUGAUGACACGCAUGAGCUCGGACAAGUUUGCAAAAGCAAAAUUAUAUGGCUCCAUGUCGAUGCAGCACUUGCUGGCUCAAUGUUUAUUUGUCCAGAGAAAAGACGCAAGUUAAAAGGAAUCGAGCUAUGCUCUCUUCUCGACAGAACAUGCAAAUACCAUGCACUCAAGGUUUGGUUUGUCAUAAGAUGUUAUGGACGGAACGGACUGCAAGAUGAGAUAAGAAAAGACAUCAACUUUGCCUUGUACUUUAAAGACUUGCUGACCAUGGAUUCAAGAUUUGAAAUCUUAAAUGAUGUUUGUACCAGCAUAGUGUGCUUCCGCUUAAAAGCACCUAAUACAGUGAACAAGGCUUUGUAUCAGGACAUUUUUUACAACAAGAAACAAAUCCAUAUCAGUAAGGCAGACUCGAAGGGCACUUUCUUUCUACGGUUUGUUUCCCGAAGUUCGAAUCUAACGACCAGAGAGGACAUUGACUUUGCAUGGAAUAUCAUACAGACGACUGCUGAAAAUGCAUUUAAGAAGAUCACCUGCUAA